GCGUCAGAAGGGAUCAGGAGGAGAAAAUAAAGAAAAGCGAGAGCAGAGCUUAAAAAAAAAGCAGGACCAGAAACAUUAUAAAGAGAAGCCGGAUAACGCUGCGGCUUGGUGUUCGGUUACACGGAGGAGGAAAAACACAACAGGCAGAGUAAAGGAGGACUAGUGUUCGGAUUAGUGGAGGAUUAGGAUAAAUGAGGGGAAAGUCGGGAUGAGCAGAACACUGGGAAAAUGUUUUAUGAAACCGAAUGGGAAACAUUAAACCGGAUCUGGGUGGAUUUUUAUAUCCCUGCCUGUCGACCUGCCGCGGAUGAGUUUUAAAGGAAGAAAGUAAUCCAGUACAUCAGACAUCAACACGAAGAUUGUUUGUGCCGAUGCCAACGGCUCACUGUGGCUUCUUCCAUCAUGGCCGGAUCAUGAGGUGUUUAACUUAUUUGUUACUGCUUCCAGAAACACUGAAAAAACCAAAGAAGCUCCAAGAGUCCUGCGAGAUUCUCACUUUAUCCUCUUCGAGCGCCCAGAAGGGAAACAAGACGACGAAGAUGGCCGCGGAGUUGUUCUCCGCAGCCAAUCCCGAUAACACCGCCUCCGCCAAUGGCACCGCGGUUCCGGUGGUGGAGAAAACCAAGGCCGCGGUUUGUCCUGCCAGGAGCGGCGGCGCCGCCUUCAGCAGCACCGGCGGCUCCAGCAGCGCAGCCAGAGACCCGAGCAGCCCGCUGAACAUCAGCAACAACAAGACGGAUCCAGCCAGCAGCAGCGGCCACCCCACACUCAGAGAGAGGAAUGCCUUGAUGUUCAACAAUGAGCUGAUGGCUGAUGUUCACUUUAUUGUUGGGCCCCUGGGGGAAUCCCAGAAAAUACCAGCUCAUAAGUAUGUUCUGGCUGUGGGAAGCUCCGUCUUCUGUGCCAUGUUUUAUGGCGAUUUGGCCGGGGAAGAGUCUGAAAUCUAUAUCCCAGAUGUGGAACCUGCUGCUUUUCUAAUUCUUCUAAAAUACCUGUACAGUGAUGAGAUUGAUCUGGAUGCGGACACGGUGCUGGCCACUCUGUACGCUGCCAAGAAGUACAUCGUCCCAGCACUGGCCAAGGCCUGCGUCAACUUCCUGGAGACGAGCUUAGAGGCCAAGAAUGCCUGUGUACUGCUCUCCCAAAGCUGCCUGUUCGAGGAGCCUGAGCUGACACAGCGCUGCUGGGAGGUUAUCGAUGCUCAGGCUGAGAUGGCGCUGCGCUCAGAUGGUUUCUGUGACAUUGACCGACAGACACUGGAGCUCAUCCUGCAGAGGGAAACACUCAACACAGAGGAGGUGGUUGUGUUUGAGGCAGUGAUGAACUGGGCUGCGGCAGAAUGCAGAAGAAGAGGUUUGGGGCCCAGCACCCACAACAAAAGAUACGUACUGGGCAGAGCGCUGUUUUUGGUCCGUAUUCCCACCCUGAGUGUGGAAGAGUUUGCUAAUACAGUGGCACAAUCCGACAUCCUGACUCUGAAAGAGACGCACAAUGUCUUCCUGUGGUACACAGCAUCCAAAAAGCCUGUGCUGGACUUCCCCUUGACGCCGAGGCAGGGCCUGUCCCCUCAGAGAUGUCACCGCUUUCAGUCCUCUGCUUACCGCAGCAAUCAGUGGCGCUACCGUGGCCGUUGUGACAGCAUUCAGUUUGCAGUUGACAAGAGGAUCUUCAUCGCCGGUCUUGGGAUGUACGGGUCAAGUGGUGGCAGGGCUGAAUAUAAUGUUAAGAUUGAGCUCAAGAGACAAGGCGCGGUCCUGGCGCAGAGCAUCUCCAAGUUUGUGUCGGACGGCUCAAGUAGCACGUUCCCCGUGUGGUUUGACCAUCCAGUGCAGGUAGAGCAGGACACGUUCUACACGGUGAGCGCUGUGCUGGACGGAAACGAGCUGAGCUACUUCGGUCAGGAGGGCAUGACUGAGGUGCAGUGUGGGAAGGUGACAUUUCAGUUUCAGUGCUCCUCGGAUAGUACUAAUGGGACAGGCGUGCAGGGAGGACAGAUCCCAGAGCUGGUCUUCUAUGCCUAAGCUGCUCCUUACUGCUGUUGUGGCCUUUUACCCUUCAAGCUAAUGUAGCAUUGAACCACUUUGUUAAAGUCACACUGAAUGACGAGAUUAUCCUAAAAGCUACAGAAAUGUUCUAUUUAAUUUAAGGUUAUUUUUAUUUAAGUGCUGAUUUAAGGUUAUUUGCUCUGCUUCUUGUGUCAACGGGCUGCAUCUGCUGUGGAGAUAAAGCUCAUACUGUGCCUAUAUAAUCGAGCUCAAGUCCAAACCUGGAAAGAUUAAAGACGAAGUUUGAGGCUGGAUGCAAUGUUGUUCCUGUAGUUAAAGCAUCAAUACAAAUAAGUUCUAAUUAAAACUACAAAAAGAUAAAAAAAAUAAAUUGGUUUCCCAUUCAGAGAACUACUUCAAGCAUCUUUUCUUUUUGUAAAAUAGAUGCCAACUUAAUGUGUUCUGUCGAAAAAAGGCUCAUGGCCUGAUGAAAUAAAAGUUGACAUGCGAACAUCUUUGUACAGAAAGUGAAAUGAGUUGGUUAGAAUUGGAUGAAGUGUUAAUUCAGUAUUUUAUUUAAGGGGUUAUAAAAUAAUUUUUUGAAGGAUAUGACUGUACACAAUGCACGAGGCAGCAAACAUGUAGAGAUGUCGUGUCUCAAACCCUGAAGCAUCAACUCUUUCCUGUGCUUUUUGCCUAGUUGGGAAAGUUGAGGUUAAUUCUGUGUGGCUGUUACACAGAAUUAACUAGACAGAAAUAGGCAUUUAUGGUGACCAUGGUAUUAAAAUAUCUGAAACGUGAAAUGUGGACAUGUCCCCACCAACUUUGGCAUGGAAGGGACAGUCCCCACCAAUAAUUUCCGCUUUUUUUUCCCCCUCGCCGCUGAUUUACUUUACUUUGUUUUUUCCCUCGCUCUGCCUCUGCUCUCAAGUCCCUCCUCUUGAAAUAUCAUGGGAUCUGCCGCUUUGGGACAUAAUAUUAUUUGGGGUCGCUAUUCACUGCGUACAUGGUAGCUACAUGGAGGAGGAGAGACAGCAGCAUUCAGUGAAUUUUAACCAGCAGCUACUUCAAUAUAUGUUUCAGUAAAAGUUAGGAGACGGAUUGGUUAAAAAAUUAAAGAUGCCACCGAAAAAUCAGUUUCUUACACAUGUAGAGCUUUUUCAGUUAAAAAAUGGCAACAGAGUUUACAUUUAUUUAAGUUAAAAAAGCUGGGCUUCUUAAAAGACCAUUACUCAGAGUUACAGAAGAUUAAAAUUAACACAUAUCUGUUUUCUUUUUGAACAAAGAAUCACACUGCAGAGCUUCUA